AUAUUAAGACUCAAGAGCUCGAAACGUAGCACAUCAAGAAGCAUUCGGCUGGAUCAGUACGGACCGUCUCGUGGCUUUUUGAAAAUAUGUUGAGAGAUUCUCAAGCUUUCAAGCUCAGGGCAGCAGCAAGACGCAAAGCUAGUGAACAUUGUUCGUAUGCGAUCAAAAUCUUUCGUGGCCUUCACUCUGCAAAAACGUCUUGACUGGACAGAACUCAAAGUUUUGUUGGCGCGUGUGAUUCACCUCUUUGCGACUGAUCAUCCCUCGACCGGCCCAUGACGCGACAUGUCAAAGUCAGGCUAUCCUCCGGCCGCGACUUGACAGUGCCUUUGAGCGAUGAGCUUACGACCAAGCAGCUCAAGGAGGAGGUUGUCAAGCACACAUCCAUCACCGGGCGACUGCGCAUCAUCUACCUCGGGAAGAUUCUGCAAGAUGAUCAAGUCAUUGCACACGUCGCGCUUCCGCAUGAAGAGGAGAUCGUUGUUCAAUGCUCUAUCAGCGAGCUGAGUGGCUCACCUGCAGCAGCGGACUCGGAAGACAGCGCUGUGAUGACGCCAGCACCCCGCGGUUUUGAUCGACUACGCGACGCUGGCUUGUCGGACCAAGACAUUGCCAAUUUGCGACAGCAAUUUGACCACGAUCAAGACAAUGCAGAUGAAGACGCAAACUUGGCGGCAGAAGAGGCGUGGAUUGACAACGACGGCAAUGAUCAGAACGAUGCGCUACAGGGCAUCUCCUACGAAAUCUUGCUUGGCUGUGCUGCUGGCUUCUUCGUUGGCUUCAUCGCGCUGUUUGCCAUCUUUGAAAUGGACCGGCUCGGGAAACGCUUGCCUGCGGCGAUUGUUGUUGGCGUCGCCUUCAACCUCAUCUUUGGCUUGUGUCGCGACUAGCCUCGUCGCGUCCAUGCCAGCAUCACCAAUGCCCCGAAAGCCAUGCCGCCCAGCGCGGACAAAAUCCGACUAUCGCCUAGUACGCCAUCCUCUCGCUUGAAGCCUAGCGGACACCCUGCGUCUGUCUCCUUGCGCUUGUAUCCCAAUGGGCAACCCUUGCGACCACCAGGCACGACCAUAUUGUCCCAGCCGUCCAGGAUGUCAUCCAUGGACGCGUCUGUCAUCUGUGCAAGCUGUGGCACUGUGUAGCACUCGCAUACAUCAAUCAUCCACUUCAUCCGCCGUGCACCUAGCUCUCCACCGACUCCCGGAGCACGCUUCCGUAGCUUCUGCCGUAGCAUACCCACUUUCUCAAUGGCCAUCCCAACGUUCGGUGGUAGACUGCCUGUAAUACGCCGCC